AUGACAUCAUCUUCGGGACAAAAUAGGGUUAUUAAUCUCGGGUCAGAGGAUUCAUCACUCUUUCGAUUUCAGAGUUUUCAUGUCUCUAAACAUAUUUGGGAUGGACGUGAUCACCCGAUGUUGAGGGUCAGGAAGAGUCAAAAUAUUCCUGGUAGAUUAGAAGGUGUUUCUCAGAAAAUUAUUCCGCAUUUAGAGCCUAAGACGCACACUUUCCACUUGCCCCCUGGAGAGUAUACUAUUACUCUUCAGGAUGUUGCUAUCCUAUUGGGGCUACGCAUAGAUGGGAGACCGGUUAUAGCACCUACUGGAGGGCCAGAUGCUUUUGUAGGGAGUUUUUUGAAGAUGAGCUGGUUGGAUGAGCACUUUAAUCAUAUUGGGAUGCAUAAUCAGAAUGUUGUACAGAUUACUCAGUUUGCUAAGGCAUAUAUAUUGAUGCUGAUUGGAGGGUUCAUGCUUCCUGAUCACUCUAGCAGCAGAGUAUCUCUAUGCAUGACCACCAAUAUUGAUCGCGUUACUAUUGGAGGACUUGUUGCGUUGAUUGUGAUGUGGGCUUGGGAUAGAUUUCCCCAUCUAGCACCUAGUAAUCCCCCUCAUACACGUGUCAAUCUUUCAUAUGGUGUGAGAUGGUUAUCACAUGGUACAAGGAAAGGGAAGAAGGAUGUCCAGUCCUACAGAUAUAUAUUAGAUCGUUUAACACGUGAUGAGAUUGUAUGGGUGCCAUACAGCAUGAAGCUCAUCAACAUGUUGCCACCUAUCUAUAGAGACAGCAUGGACUUAUGGAGGGUUGUGGUGCCCUUGAUAUGUUUUCAGUCUAUCUCAUUCCUAAUGCGAGUUGACUUUGGUCGUCCCUUACUUCUUGCUCUUUCGACAUCAGGCAUCAACUUCUAUCCACCAUUCAUAACGAUAUUGCAAUCAUUUUCAAGUGGGUUCUACUAUGAGGAAUAUGCAUUUACAACAUAUUGCAUUGAAUAA